AGGAACAUCUACAAAAAUGCAAUCCCUUCGUGGCAAACCCCGCGGAAUGCUCUCGCAUCUCCUCCUCCUCCUCACUUCCCCCUCCUCCCCCAUCAUCCUCACCACCUCCACCUCACGCCCCAAUCCCCAAAACCCCACUCUCCUCCUCCGCUCAUCAUCUCCCCUCUCUCCUCCUCCUGCUUCUCCUCUUCCCCUCCCCCGCGCCUCCCUCCUCGGCGCUCCGCCCCACCUUCGCUCCAGAAGAAGCUUCUCCUCGGCGGCGGCCAUGGCGGACGAGCCCGUCUCGUACAUCUCGCAGAAGGACGCGGCCGAGAUCGACGAGGCCCUCAUGGGGCCCCUCGGGUUCAGCGUCGACCAGCUGAUGGAGUUGGCCGGGUUGAGUGUGGCCGCGGCGAUCGCGGAGGUUUAUAAAUUAAGUGAAUAUAGUCGCGUGCUUGCUAUCUGCGGUCCAGGAAAUAACGGUGGUGAUGGUCUGGUGGCUGCUCGCCACCUCUAUCAUUUUGGAUAUAAACCCUUCAUUUCUUAUCCCAAACGGACAUCGAAGCCUCUCUAUUCUGGCCUCGUAACGCAGCUUGAAUCACUGUCGAUCCCAUUCUUGUCUGUUGAAGACCUGCCACAAAACUUAUCAGAUGAUUUCGACAUUAUAGUGGAUGCGAUGUUCGGGUUCUCAUUUCAUGGGACACCAAGGCCACCUUUUGAUGAUCUCAUCCAAAGGCUUGUGGCCUUGAAAGCUUUUGAUAAUGCGCCCAAAAAAUCGCCACCAAUUGUUUCAGUUGAUAUUCCUUCUGGGUGGCAUGUGGAAGAAGGAGACAUCAACGGUGAAGGAAUUAAACCUGAAAUGCUGGUGUCGUUAACUGCUCCAAAGCUGUGCGCAAAAAAAUUUGCUGGGCCUCACCAUUUUCUAGGGGGUAGAUUUGUUCCACCAGCGAUCAUAGAUAAGUAUGGACUCCGACUACCUCCUUAUCCUGGCACUUCAAUGUGUGUUAGAAUCGGAAAACCCCCUUCUGUUGACAUCGCAUCACUUAGAGAGAACUAUACUUCUCCUGAACUUCUUGAAGAUCAAGUGAUGGCUGACCCUGUGGAUCAGUUUCAAAUAUGGUUUGAUGAAGCUGUUUCUACUGGCUUGCGUGAGCCAAAUGCUAUGGCUUUAUCGACUUCCGGCAAGGAUGGAAAGCCUUCAUCAAGAAUGGUCCUGCUAAAAGGAGUUGAUAAACAAGGUUUUAUUUGGUAUACCAAUUAUGAAAGCAGAAAGGCCCGUGAGCUGUCUGAAAAUCCUCAUGCGUCCCUUCUUUUCUAUUGGAAUCAUCUCAACCGUCAGGUAAGAAUUGAAGGCUCUGUUGAGAAAGUCUCUGACGAAGAAUCUGAGAGAUAUUUCCACAGUCGCCCUCGAGGAAGUCAACUUGGUGCAGCAGUCAGCAAGCAGAGUGCUGUUUUAGCUGGAAGGCAUGCGAUUCACCAAGCAUACAAGGAAUUGGAAGAAAGAUAUUCUGAUGGAAAGGUAAUCCCCAAACCAGAUUACUGGGGAGGUUACAGAUUAACUCCAAGAUGUUUCGAGUUCUGGCAAGGACAACCUUCUCGUCUCCAUGAUCGGCUACAGUACGUACUAAGAGAAGUAAAUGGAAGCCAAGUAUGGCAAAUUGAGAGGAAGGAACAACUACAACUACAAACUAUAUACUUCUCAUCUCUCUAGUUAUAAUGUUCCCUGCUUAAUCUGAAUCAAGUAGGUGUAGAUUCACCACCAAAUGGGCAUUUAACUUCUUAAUAUAUAUGGCUAAAAUUAUUAAAGGUUGUAUGCUCAAACAUUUGUAUGUCGUGGAAAGAAACUGAUAAGAGACUCAUAAAAGCCACCAAUAAUUUUCUGCUUCUCGAGGAAGCAGAAGCUUUUCCACUC